AUGAAAAUGAAUAACGAUACUAAUUACACAAGCAAAGCAAUUACAACGCAAAUUAGAGCUACUUCAAGAGCAAGUGCUAAAAUCGGUGACGAUUUCUAUACUCUUGAGUUUUCAGAAGAACGAACAAUCCCAGAUGUUGAGGGUGUAAAUCUUGAAGAGGAACGCAGACUUCUUUGGGAUGACGUUAAUUACUCCGUUGACAUUCAGUUGCAAGAUACAAUUAGAGCAGUUCUUGAAAGAGAUUAUUCGUUAAUUGAAGAUAACAAUUUAACUAAUGAAUACUUUGAAGGAACAGCUUACGAAGAUGAGUUUAAAUUCAUCAAAGAACAUCACGACAAAUACGGUAAUGUUCCUGAUAAGGUAACUUUUCUUAACAAGUUCAAAGAUUUUGAAAUAAUUGAUGUUGUUGAAAGCGACAAAUAUUUACUUGACACUAUACGAGAGGAACAUCUAUUUAAGAAACUUGCUCCUGUUGUUCAAAAGGUUGCUGAUAUUGCAAACGCAGGUGAUGCUAAUGCGGCUAGUGAGUAUAUGACGCAAGCAAUCAAAGACUUAACUCCUAAUUAUAACAUAGGCGGAGUCGACCUUAUAGCUAAUGCUGAACAACGAUUAGCAAACUAUAAGGAGCGAAUUAAUAAUCAAGGUGAUUGGUACUUUGCAAGUGGGUUUCCUGAGCUUGAUGUUGUUAUGCACGGAAUACAGAGAAGUGAGGAGUUCGUUGUAUUGUUUGCGAGAACAAAUCAAGGUAAAUCUUGGGUUCUUGAAAAGAUGAUAACAAAUAUUUGGAGACAAGGAUUUAAUGUAGGUUAUGUAUCACCUGAAAUGGGAGCUGAUAGUGUAGGUUACAGAUUUGACACUAUUUAUAAAGGCUUCUCAAAUAGUAGUCUUAUGUGGGGAAAAGACGAUAUUGACACUGUUGCAUAUGAACAAUACAUAGCAGAACUGAAACAGCUCGGUAAUAAGUUUGUUGUUUCUACUCCAGCUGAUUUCGGUAACAAUAUGACUGUAGGAAAGUUGAAAAACUUUAUUAAGCAGAAUAAGUUAGAUGCACUUGCUAUAGACGGAAUAACUUAUAUUUCAGAUGAGCGUGGAAGAAGAAAUGAUAAUAAGACAACCUCAUUGACGAAUAUUAGUGAGGACUUGAUGUCGUUAUCAGUUGAACUUCAUAUUCCUAUAUUAGUAGUAGUGCAAGCAAAUAGAAGUGGUGUUGUUGAAGCAGAUAGUGACGGCACUCCUGAGCUUGAAAGUAUCAGAGAUAGUGACGGCAUUUCACACAAUGCAACUAAAGUAAUAUCUCUACGCCAAAAAGAUGAUACUUUAGAAAUGCGAAUUGUUAAGCAGAGAAACGGAAAGAUGGGUGUUAGCUUUAAGUAUCUUUGGAAUAUAAAUAUAGGCGAAUUUAUUUAUACAGAGGGAGCAGAGUCUUUGCCUAAAGAACAACAAGCUGAACGCCGAGAGCGUAAAAGAGCUAGUGGAACUGAUGUGUUCUAA